UCCUUUGAAAUUGGCCCCUCCCAUUUUCAAAGGGAAAAGCCCUGGGAACGAGGUUGGGGGCCCUACUCAAAGUUGACAUAUAACAGGCGUCCCUUGUAACGCCUCUCAUUCGGCUAACAAUCAGGGCGAAUGAACUAACCAAAUUAUGGCAGCGCCAUCAGGAAGCUAUUUUCCCAGACGUAAUCCAAUACCUACGAAUAACCAAGAGCUAAUGGCUCUUUGGUUCAAACAUCGCUACUUUGUCUACCUACAAAGACUCCAACAAGACAGACUUAUUGGUCCUUUAUGUUCCUGUACCCUCGGAAUUCAACAGAAUGUCUAUGAUCAACUACCAGAGAAGCAGCAGGCCCAGAUAGCCGACAUGUUUCGUAGCGCGGAAGGAGAUUGGGCUUCAGACGGCCCUGAAGGAGGUUUCAACUCGCCUCAAACUGGCGGAAGAGGAAGACCCAUUUUUCCAGUUCUCUUGAUUGAGUCACCGCACACAGGCGACCGAGUCAUCAAACCAUUCGCAUGGGGUGGUAGCCGAGGCACGUUUUGUCUUUCUACUGACGGAACAAAGCGCUUGGUGGCUUUGCCCUACGCCACAGCUAAAUUUUACUCUGGGCAUACACCGGAUGACGGAGGAGAAAUGUGGCCAAUUUUUCUGGUUUUUGCGGACAUUCGAGAUGCCCAUUAACUAAUCAAAACAUACAAGGUGCUACCUUAGGUGGCCGUAUGUGGACCCUGUGUUCAGUACAUGUUGAGGCAUUCGAUAGAUCAUUUGACGACAGGCUGCACAUGUAAGAUCAAUUGUUUUCACUUUCAUCUAGUUUUAUCAUGUUAUAAUAUUAUUUUGGAUUAGUUAUCUAGUGAAUUAAGAAUUUAGUCAGAUAUGGAUUAGCGUAUCAUUGUAUCUGCUAAGUCAGGUAAACAAGUUUUAUUCAUUUCGGAAACUGUCUAAUGGCAUAUGUUUGGAUCUUUACGACGCCGGAAGUGUAGCGAGUUAUGUAUUAAACGCAAUUUCAACAGAUUAUAUGUCGUUAAAUAAGCCAUUAUCCUUUACCAGACCAUGUAAUGCUAUUUUACGAGUCUAUAUGAGACAAAAUGCAGGAAAGUCUAACUUAAUUAUUCCUGAUUAAAUCUUGGCAACACUUUA